CUCUUGCGUCGUGCGUCCCUCCUCCUCCUGCUGCUGCUGCUUCGCUUGCUUCUCCUUCCCUCCCUAUAGCCCGCCCCAAUUUACCCCACGUUUCUAUAAUCACUUUUCCGGACUCGGUCCUGCUUUUUCUUAAAACCUCUCUUUCCUCUUGGGCGCUCAUUUACUUGCCUCUCCUGCUCCCUUUUCUCUUUGACUCUCCAUCCUCUCUCACUUCCCCCCUCCUCCCUCCCCUUCCGCCCCGUUUCGGUUGAUGGGUGUUAGUCUUUACUUGUGAUCGUCGUCCCCGAUUUCACUUGUACAUCUCACAGUCUCCCUUCGACACUACAUCAUGUCAAGUCGUCAACAGAUUGAUUCCGUCAUCGACGAUGAUGACGAGUUCUGCCCUCUCUGUAUCGAAGAGUUCGAUCUGUCGGAUAAGAACUUCAAACCUUGUCCCUGUGGAUAUCAGAUCUGUCAAUUCUGUUACAACAACAUCAAGACCCACAGUGAAGAAGGACGUUGCCCCAACUGCAGACGUGUCUACGAUGAAAGUACUAUCCAAUACAAGGUUCCUGAUGCCGACGAAUUCAAGGCAGAUCUCGCCCUCAAACAUCGCAAAGCCGCCGCUGCGAAAAAGAAGGAGGCCGAGAAACGCGAGAUCGAAGCCUCCAGUCGGAAGAACCUGGCCGGCGUCAGAGUCGUGCAGAAGAAUCUCGUCUACGUGAUCGGUCUCAACCCCACAAUACGGGACGAGAGUCAGCUUCUGCAGACGCUGCGCGGCAGAGACUAUUUCGGUCAAUAUGGUGAUAUCGAGAAGAUCGUCGUCAGCAAGGCAAAGCCUGGUGGCAAUCCGAACCAGGGUAUCGGCGUUUACGUGACGUACGCGAGAAAGCAGGAUGCCGCAACCUGCAUAGCGGCGGUUGAUGGGUCGGCUAAUGGUGACCGGGUGUUACGGGCGCAAUACGGAACCACGAAAUAUUGCUCGUCCUUCCUCCGCAACGAACAAUGCCACAACCGAAACUGUACCUUCCUGCACGAAACUGGGGAGGAUAGCGAUAGUUACAGCCGUCAGGAUCUCUCGUCCAUGAAUACCCUGUCAAGCCAAAGGCCUAACGGUGCUCCUACUGCUCCCGCCUACGCCAUCCCCCCGCACGUUACUCGAACCUCUGCUCAACCUUUGUCGCAACCGAUGCGUCGUCAACCUAGUCGGGACGAUGCAGCCGGCAGUCGGGUCCCCGAUGGCCCCGCUCUUCCCUCGUCGGCUAGUUGGGCAAACAAGGACGCUGUUCUGAGUCGUGCUAGACGGGCUAGUCUCACAGGCAGUCAAGCGUCACAGAGCCCUCGGCCUGCUACUGCUACGGUCGCGCCUGUUCUGGAAGAACCGAAACCCGUGGAAAAGUCGCCGCCCUCUACGCAGCAGGAGCCCGUUCAACAAUCGCCCUCUCCUCCGGACCGUAGAUCCUCGACCCCGCGUUCGCUUGAGCCUUUGCAGACACCCCCACAACCCGAGACUCCAUUGCUGGACAACCUUGUUAAGGCCGUAAACUCACCCGACUUCAAGUUCAUCUUCUCGGCGGCUGGUCUGCCUGCGGAAGAGAUUGCCUUGAUUGAGAACCACCCCUCUUUCAUCGACCCGUAUGGUGGCGUCAAACGUCGCGCCAUGCGCGAAAAAGCCGAACAAGAGCGCGCCAGACGGGAACAAGAAUUGCUACAGUCAGCGUCUGCCGAGGAAGAGAGUCGGGAGAGUGGAAGCCUGCAGCUAGGUGGUGAGCCCGACGAUGUUGUUCCCCCUCGGGGUCGCAGCGGCCGCGAGUCUCACGGUGCUAUUCAACCUCCCUCCCAGCAAGGCACAACCGAGAGUUCCGCUGUGGGCUCUCCUGUGUCUGCCACAAGCCACCAGUUCCAACAACUCAACCAGCAACUCAACCUAGCCGGUCGCAGCUUGACACCCCAACAACAACACCAGCUACUCAUUCUGAAGUCUGCCAACGACCGCGCUGCCAUGGACCAGCUUCAGGGCGGUCUCAGCUCCGCUGCUUUAGAUCAAGCCGCCCAGGUUCGCCAGGGUCUUCUCCAGAGUCAGAUGGCGCAGUUGAAUUCGCUUCAGGCUCAAAAUCGCCAGAAUUCCCGUUUCUCUUUCGCCAACGAGGUCAACUCGAAGAAUCUUCAUAAUGCUCGCAUGCUGAGCCAACAGGCAUCGUUGAUGCAAACUGUUGGUACCCCUAAUCCGCUCGCAGCGCCCAGUCCACAGCACGGACUCAGCGGUGGCUACUUUCCCAGUGGUGUACAGGGACCACCCCCUGGCUUGAAGACGGCUGGUACGCCUCCGAUCAGCGGCGGUGGUAUGUUCGCCCAAGGACACGGUUUCACCACGAACACUAGUCUCGGACUUGGAGCCAGUAUCGGCAAGCAAGAAGCGAACCCCGACUUGAUGCGUGAGUUGCUGCGUGGCCGCAAUGGUGCCGGUGCCAGUGGUUUGCAGGGUCAAGAGGCCGCUAAGCGUGAGUUCAUCCUUCCUUUCCUUCAGCAGCACCAAACCCCCCCUCCCCUGACUCCUGCCAAUAAUGGCCUUCUCAGCUCUUUCUAUGGCUCUCAGCCGGGGACCUUCUCCGAAUCUGGGCCACAGAAGCAGAAGAAGAAGGGGAAGAAGCACAGACACGCUAACACUUCCUCCGGUGGAGGUGGUGUAGUAGAUCUUGCGGACCCGAGCAUCCUACAGGCGAGGAUGCAUCAGAAUGCUGCUGCUACUGCUGGGCAAGCACUGUACGGGAGUCAGGGCCAAGUUGACGAAGAAUUCCCUCCUCUGGGAGCGCCGCCAAAGGACAAGCGUCCUGUUGACAGCUUCGGAUAUCUUAUUCGCUCUCAAUUUGCUAGCGACUCGCAAAGCUCAGCUCGUGCUGGGACCCCAACGCUGCCCCCCGGCCUUCCUCUUCCACACGCGCACCCCGCAUCGGCCUUGUUUCAAAGUCCUUUGAAUCCGUCCAGUCCAACGACUUCGGUGUCCGUGCCGCCUGGCUUGAACCCACCAUUCUCUCGACUAGGGACCCCAUCUCAAGCGUUUCGGGGAGACAUCUCCCGACAGCCGUCGCCUGAGGUAAAGGAUGCCCCUGACGAUGUACCCGCUUCAAGUCGCGUCAAGAAUGUGUCGGAGAUCUCACUAGGCUCGCCCGUACCCAAAUCCACAAGCAAAGCUCGCUCGCAAGCCAAGGGUGACCUAGCUGUUGCAACUGAAAAGAAGCCCAUUGGCGCGUCCAAGCCUACCUCUGCGUUCGAGAAGGUUGUUUCCACCCCGGUAAAGUCGAAGCCUAUCAAAUUGGACCUUUCCCUGGGGACUCCUCAGGAUGCUCCUAAAGCAGAUCAAUCGGUUCCUAGCACGCACGGGCCAGCACCAAUUUCCGCCAUCGGCUCUCGUCCCAAUACCCCGUUGACCGGUGUCUCACGGGUCUCCGAUUCUUCUGCUCCACGGCAGCCAAGGGUGCUUCGGGUGGUUGACACGCCUAAGACAGAGACUCCGCCCCCUCCUUCUGCCCCGCAGUCUGUCUCUUCUCUACCAGCUGCCAACAAAGCUCGCUCUAGACGUCCUAGCACAUCGUCCAUGAGCAGGCCAGAUACUCCAGGCGAUUUUGGAUCCGAAGCCGACCUUUACACAUCGGCAUCCGUGUCCCGUGCCAACUCCCCUCCCGCUUCCUCGCGAAUUGGCUCUGCUCCUGUCCGGGCUAUCACCAAGAGUCAGGCUAAGAAAGAGCGACGCCAGAAGGCCAAGGAAGCGGAAGCCAAGAAGCAGGAGACUUCUACUAUCGCGGAAGAGCCAGUCCAAGCUCCCAUCAUUGGCCGCAAGCGAAAGACUAAGAAGACUCCUGUGACCACUCCCGACACUUCGGUUGCAGCGCCAGAAACCGCCGGGGAAGCUGGAAAGCCCGUCACUCCGGCUAGUGCUGAGGGCAACGGCAAGGUAGAACAGCGAGCUGAAGCUGUCAAGAAGGCCAAAUCCAAGGAGAAGGCGUCCAAGGAGGCCAGCCCCUCUCCUGUCGAGGUGAAAGCAACUCCCGAGCCCAGCACUCCUGCUGAAGCUUGGCGUUCAAAGAACACCGUCGAACAGUUGAUCAAGGAUGCAGAGUCCAGCAGCGGUUCCAUCAAGGACCUGUUCGCCGAACGAACAUCCUCUUUGCAAGUUUUGCUCGCCCAACUCCACAAAUCGGGCCACCUGGAUCUGAAUCAUCACCCCUUGUUCAACCCCACCAAUCUCAACCAGCGGUUUGACAUGAAGUGCACCUCGGACGACUAUGAGAUUCUGAAACAGCCAAUUGAACUUGCCGAGGAACACCGAAAGGCUUUGCUCCGUGGAGAGCCCAUUCGUAUUCACUCGGACCCUGGCUUGUUGAAGGACCGCUGUCUGAUCACCCCUCGCGGCUGUGUCCUUCGUCAUUUGUCGCAGGAAGAGGAAGACCGCUAUCUAGCGCUGGAGAAGAGCAUUGCUUGGGCAGUUGAAUCAUUUCAGGAAUACUCGUCUGCUCCCAUCACGGAACCAGAUGUGACCAAUCGCGUUGGUGGCCUCGAUGCUCUCUUCGCCACACCGGAGAACUUCAAUAUCUGCUGGGCGGACGAGAACUCGGUUACCCUUUCUGCUGUGUCCGCGUCAGCAUCUCUGUCUGGCGCGCCCGAGGUGAUCAAUUCGUCAAGCAUCCCUGCCCCGCCCAAUGUUCUCUCGGCCAUGGAAGCGGACAGCACCCGAAGCCACAAUUGGGCUAUUGCCAACACCGCCGAACUGGUGAACGCAACGGCCACUUCGGUACGCUCCUUUGCCGCCGCCACGGCUAAGCAUAUGUUGGGUGCAGCGGGCGUUGUCAUGGGCAGUAUUCCCGACCUGGACGAUGUGGUGGGCAUGACGACCGAAGAAUUACGCUCCUUCGCGGUCAAAUCGCAGAAGGAUCUGGAGUCGUCGCGCAAGGAACUGGACACGAUUGACAAGAAACUCAAUGCUCUGGUGAAGCGAAACCGUAAGCUCGCGCAGCAGGCUCUGGCCACGGCCGUUGAGGGCUAAGGCGUUGUGGACUGACGGUCUCUCACUUCCAAUUGUAUCAACAUUUCUCUCUUUUCUGUUUAUGAUGAGCUCGGCUUCUGCCUCUGUAUUUUUAUAAGGCCUGUAUUUUUACCCAUGUUGCAGGGAUAAAUUCGAUUGCAUGGCGUCUGGGAUGGAUGGAUUGGGUUGGCAGCCGGUUAAACAUAAUGCAUCAUACGUUGAUACUCG